CAAGAAGCCUUGCCUAUCUCUUACUCCUCUUUUUUCUCUCUAAGUUUGAGAAAGUAUAACAAAAUCCCAUAAACCUAUAAAGGAGAAAAAAAAAACAACCACCCUCCAAGACAACCAAAUUCUCCUUAAGAACAAACAAUUCUUUCCCAAAUCAGUCGUUCUUCUUUUCGUAAGUCAUAAGUCAUAACCUAAUAUUAGCUCAUACACAAAAUCCUAAACACAAACUACACCUUAACCACCACAAUCAUGCAAUUUUAGAUUCUAAUUAUUCGAAUAUGAGUAAAGGGAGAUUCAAUAAGUACUCAUCGAAAAGGUUACUAAGACUAAUUACAUUUGUAAGUUUUUUGUGGCUUUUUUUGUUUGGCCUAUUAGCAAAUGGAGAUCAAACAAUACCAACAAUUGGAAGGAAGAUCAUACCACAUUCUAAGGUGGAUAUGUAUUACAUGAGCAAAAGAAAAGUACCUAAUGGUCCUGAUCCUAUACAUAACAGGAGAGCGGGAAAUUCAAGGCAACCACCUGGACAAGCUUAGGGCACAUUGAGGAGCUUUGGGCAAUAUUGUUCAAAAGAUGAUAAAAGAUUGAAGAUCAUUUAAUUUCAUAAAAUGUUAAUUAAAUUUCGAUUUAUCUAGGAGAAUUGUUUAUGGGAAAUAGGAUAACCAAAAGUGAAAGAAAAAGAACUAAAUAUAUAAUCUAUUUCCAUAGGUUUAGAGGUUGUCCUUAGAAAAAUUAGAGGUUGAUUCGAACAAAAUUAUCAUCCUAUCUCCUCUAAUUGUAUAUCAUGUUACCUUUUGAUUUAUUUGAUUGGAUAAAUAAUAAGAGGUAAAUAAAAAGAGGGGAAAAAUUUGAAUGUAAUAUGCUUACAUUUAAUAUGACAAAAAAUUUGUGUGA